UUAGCUACUUUGUCUUUAUGUCUAUCGCUUUUCAUUACAUGUGUCUUCUAAACUGAGCCUCUAAUCAUGGAGGAAGUUUCUGCAGAGUCAAAUAUAACAACAGGAUCAGGAUUCAAGAAGAUCCAUCAAGAAGCAACAACCAUGGACAGCCUCCCACGCGAGAUUGCACUAAACAUACUAUCAAGACUACCAAUAACAUCUCUAAUCCAUGUCAAGUCAGUAUGUCUUUCUUGGCGUAGCUUAGCACAAGACCCACUUCUUGCUACUAUGCAUUUCUCUCGCAUGGUUAAGACUACUAACCCAUGUCUUAUCUUGCACUAUGACUUGCCAAUCGAAAACCAUCUCUACUCUCUCCAUUUUUCUGAUCAUGGAAGCAUUGAAACAACGACUAGAAUUCAUAUACCUAUGAUCUCGGAGUUCGAUAUAGUAGGAUCCUGUAAUGGCUUACUAUGCUUAUGGCAUUCACUUUAUAAAGAUGAAUGUUAUAUAUACAGUCCUUUUACUAGGUAUUACAUAAAGCUUCCCGAAGCAAAACAAUUUCAAACACCAAAAAGAGUCGCAUUAGGAUUUGGUUUCCAUCCAAAAACAAAAGAAUAUAAGGUUGUCAGGAUUGUUUAUUACAAGAAAGAAGAUGGAGAAGUCGACAAUCCGCAAUUAAGAAGAUACCUUUUACCGGAAUCAGAGGUUCAAGUUCUAACUCUUGGAAAUGGAAGCUUGAACUGGAGAAUCAAAGGGAAAACAUCUUACCAACUUCUUGGAAUGUCAUCGGGAGUUCUGGUCAAUGGAAGACUUCACUGGUUAACUUGUCGACAUAGAUAUCAAUCACUUCGUACGCUCAUCUCCUUUGACCUAGAAGAUGAAAAAUUUCGAGAGGUUCCAGUUCCUAGUCGUGAAUCUUUUGGAAGGCAUUGUUCCCGUCUAGUGAUUCUAAAAGGUUGUCUUUCGGCAGUUAAUCAAGGCUUUAGAAGCCUUUACAUUUGGGUUAUGAAAGAAUAUGGAGUGAAGGAGUCUUGGAUCAAAGAAUUCAGUAUUGGAGCUUCCAUACCAAGAGAUCUGUAUUACCAUCCAGAACAGUCUAUACAGAAUUUUUCACAAGCUAGAGUUCUGUGCGUUCUUAGUAAUGGUGAGAUAUUGCUACAGUAUUAUUGCAGAUCUCUGGUUUCUUAUGAACCAAAUUCUGGGACAUUUAAAGAGCUUGGCAUUCGAUGUUUGCCAGAGUCUUUUAAUGCAGUUGUUCAUAUAGCUAGCCUCAACUGGAUUGACACACCAGUUGAUUUAUGAACAUGGAAAAAUGUAUUUGUAAAAUUGGAUUUGUGCAUUAUCUGUUAGCAGUUGUGUAAUGCAAUUGGUAAUUGGUAUAUAAUAGUUGGAUAAUUUGUGAAAUUUCAUCUUCUACACUUCCGAAUUUCCAUAUACAAGUUCA